GUUGACUUUUUUGUUACAAAAUAUAAAGUCAACAUGCCUGCAGUGUGUUCAGCGUUCAACUGCACAAAUCGCAGCGAUAAAACAACAAAUAUUUCAUAUUAUAAAUUUCCUUUAAAAGAUAAGGAAAUUACAAAAAGAUGGGUUAUAAAUAUGAAGCGAGAAAACUGGUUUCCUACUACAGCCAGUUACCUCUGUUCAGCUCAUUUUGAAGAGAAAUAUAUGUACCACACAAAUGUCCAGAGGCGCCUUUUGUCAAAACCAGUACCUACUAUCUUUAACUUUCCACCACAUUUACAAAAGCAAGAUAAAGUAUUACGACCACAACCCAGAAAGCGAUCUUUCGACAAUUUGCAAGAUAGUGCUAUUACAGUGACAUCAUUAGCACAAAUGCCUGUCGGACCCACAUCUGUUUCUGCUGACCACAAUUACUGUCUACCAAGCCCUAAGAAGUUGAAAACACAAUAUAACAGAGUACAAGCAGAGAAUGUGCGACUAAAGAAGCGGAUAAAGUAAAUGAAGCAAC